UCUCUUCCCCUUUCUCCAUUUUCUUCAUCUCUGUAACAUUUUGAAUUAGCUAUGGCGCCUAAGGAAAAAAUUGGUGCAGUCACAGCUAUGGCAAUGGUGAAUUUAAAUGGAAUUUCGAAAGAGGUGCAUUAUAGAGGUGUAAGGAAGAGGCCAUGGGGGAGAUACGCGGCGGAGAUAAGAGAUCCUGGGAAAAAAAGUAGGGUUUGGUUAGGUACUUUCGAUACUGCGGAAGAGGCGGCUAGAGCUUAUGAUAACGCUGCUAGAGAAUUUCGUGGAGUUAAAGCGAAAACGAAUUUUCCUCAAUUAGAAAAGGAAAAAGAGGAAGAUCUGAAAUUCGCUGUGAAAAAUGAAAUCAAUCGGAGUCCGAGUCAGACUAGUACUGUUGAGUCGUCGAGUCCGGUUAUGGUUGAUUCAUCAUCGCCGUUAGAUCUAAGUCUAUGUGGAUCAAUCGGCGGGUUUAAUCAUCAUACGGUUAAGUUCCCGAGCUCCGGUGGAGGUUUUACCGGUUCGGUACCGGCGGUGAAUCAUAUGUACUAUAUAGAAGCACUUGCACGCGCCGGAGUUAUAAAUUUAGAAACAAAUCGGAAGAAAACGGUAGAUUACCUCGGUGGUGGUGGUUACUCUGAUUCAUCAACGGUGAUUGAUUUUAUGCGUGUUGACGUGAAAUCAACAACCGCCGGUUUAAAUCUGGAUCUCAACUUUCCUCCACCGGAAAACAUGUGACAUCACCAGAGUCGACGAUGAAGACGAUCGGUGAUAUUUUGCGAGAAACAUUUUUAAUUUAGUACAAUUUCCUUUUUAAUUUAAACAGAAAAGGAAAAAAAAAGUAUAUAGAAUUAGAUAUAUAGAUGAUAGAAAACUGAAGAGCCAUCGCCGUUGCUGCUGCCGCCGUCGCCGCCGGCGACGAUUAAUCACCGCCGAUGUCAAUAUCAAGAAGGGCUGAUCUAUUUUUACCCUUUUUUGCAACAGAAAAACAACAAAUCUAUUUGAUUUUGCCAAGCUGUUGUUUCCAUUAGAUCAUCCUUAUCAUAUUGUUAUUAUAAUACAUUGUUGCCGGUUUUUUCAGCUGAAAAAAAUUAUCACUAUUCUCUAUUUCACUCUGUUAAUUCUUGAUAAAUCGAAACGAGAGGGAAUUAUUCGAAUAGUAAAUACGUUC